AUGAAGAUUUUUAUCAAAAGCGAAAAUAAUCGCACACUAGAGUUCAAAGUUGAGCCACAUUGCAGUAUCGGCUACAUAAAAACAAUGAUAGAAAGCCACUUAGGAAUUCCAGCCCAGGACCAGAUCCUUAAAUUUGUUCUGAACGAUUCUGAGCUGAUAUUAGAUGACGAAUAUAAUUUAGAAUUUUAUGGAAUUGCGAAUCACUCUUGUCUAUGCUUAAGACUCCCUAAUGAAAGAAGGAUACAGAGCCAAAAUCUGAAUGGAAGCAGAAUUAUCCCAGUAAUUGAAAAUAUCAGAAGUCAGUCUUUCAAUGUCUUUUCCACUGUAGAUCCUUUAGAAGGAUUUUUCAACCUUUGCAAAUCAGGCAACUAUCGUGAAAUUGCAAGGGAACUUGAGUACAACCAAGAAUUAGCCAUGACCUAUAGCUCUGAAGGAUGGACUUCUAUCCAUUAUGCAGCAUAUAACAACUAUACGCAACUUAUGGAACUGUUAUUUGGGUACAAAAUAAAUGUAAAUCAAUUGACACGAGAUGGAAAUUGGGCUGCUCUACAUUUAAGCUGCAUUAAAGGGCAUUUAGCAGCUACAGAUUUAUUGUUGAGACAUAAAAAUAUUAUUGUAGAUAAUGAGACUGAUGCGAAUUCAACCCCUUUGCACUGUGCUUGCUUAUGUGGAAGCUUGGAAAUUGUCGAUCUCCUUCUACAAGCUAAAGCAAACUAUUCUAUUGAGAAUAAAAUGGGACAGCUCCCUGUUGAAGUUACAGUCAAUAAAAAUAUCAAGGAUUUAUUGUGUAAAUAUAUGGGAGAUACUUCAGAUUUGCCAGAAACUUUUGAAGGAUAUCUAAGCAUCCCUAAAUUAAUUGGAAGCAAAAAAGUAUGAGCUGUUUUAAAGCCUUUAGAAGGAGAAUUGUGUUUAUUUGCUAAUAAAGAUAAAUGUAGAGAUUCUUUAGCAGCUAAGGUUUAUAAAUUAAAUGAAGCUCAAGAGAUCAAAAGGUGCAAAGAUAAAUUCAAUAAAAAAGAUGGGUUUAGGUUUCAGAUAUCUAUGAAAAUGGGUAAGCCGAAUUAUUUUAUAGUGGAAUCAGAGGAAGCUGCAAAUGUGUGGGUUAGAAAUAUUUUUGGAGCACUUCUAUACAGGCAAAACAGGUCGAAAACUUAUAAUACGGAAUAAAUCUUUUUGUUGUGAUUUUUUUCCUGAAGACAUUUUCUUGGCACAAUUUUAUCCUCUUCAGAUAUUUUCUCCGAAAAACCGCUAUUCUUCUGUCAUAUGUUUAGCAAGGAAAAAGUUUCACCAUUAGGCCGAUAAAAAUAUCCGGAAGAGGAAAUGCCAUUAGGAAUAGAUGUGUAGCCUUUAUAAUACUAAAUAUGAAUCUGCAUUAGGAGAUUUUUCAACAAUUGGUGAUGUAGGAUAUGAUGAUUUUGAAAUAAUUCAGCAAAUUGGUACUGGAAGUUUUGGGGUCGUUUAUUUGGCUAAGUCUGUUGGCCAUUAUUUAAUAUAUAAAUAUAAUACUAUACUACGUUUAUUAGAAGAAAUCUAUUAGCUUGAAAGUUUUUUACUAUUAAUAUAAAUUGAGUAAGAAAAAAAAAUACUGAAGAAACAUAUGCACUAAAAGCAAUGCUCAAAGAGAAAUUAAUAAGGCAAAUUAAAUUAAAUUAAACUUCUUACUUCCCCCGAAAGGGAACAAAAAGAUUUUGUUCUCUCAUGGAGGGGUUAAUGUUUUUGUUUUAGAAAAUUUAAAAUAAAUUUUAGUUCCUUCAUGAGGAAGGGUGAUACCCAGGAAAAAAGAAUCACAGUCUUCUGAACUUGAGGAAAGAACCUGUGGUCCAAGAAUCAUCCAUAUGAUCAUUGCUUGGACAGAAAUGGCCACCAGCUGGCUCCCAAGGUCAUCCACCUCAUACGGCUGCCAUACAGCAAACAUAAAGUUAGAAUCAAAGGGCUUGAACCUUGGUUUAGUUUAUAAAAGCUAUUUUGGCCCUGGCAGUAGUGUGUCACCAGCAAGGACAUAUAUUACUGCAUCUGCCAUAUUAAUGUUAAUAAGGCAAGGAUACACAAAGUAUGCAAUUGCUGAAGUCCAUGUUUUAAGCAUUGCUGAUUUUCCAUUUAUAAUAAAGCUUUAUUAUUCAUUUCAAACUGCAAGAAUGUUGUAUUUAGCAUUGGAUUACUGUCAGAAUGGCUCUCUCAGUGAUUUACUUCAGAAAGUUAACUAUCUGCCAGAAAGGUAUGCAAAAAUUUAUAUAGCAGAACUCAUUGUGGCAAUCGAAUAUUUGCAUGAAAAUAACGUCAUUUUUAGAGACUUGAAGCCCGAAAAUAUUAUGUUUGAUAAUAAAUGGCACAUAAAACUAGUAGAUUUUGGGCUUUCAAAAGAAAAUAUGAAAGAUGAAGAUGUCUCUAUGUCAUUUUGUGGAUCUCCCGCAUAUUUAUCUCCUGAAAUGCUUAAUAAAACAGGGAUUAAUAAAUCUGUCGACAUAUAUGGAAUUGGCUGCAUAUUAUACGAAAUGCUCAGCGGAUACCCUCCUUACUAUUCAGAAAAUAUGACAAACCUUCUUCACAAAAUUGUCUCUGCAAAACUAAAAUUCCCUCAUUAUGUUGGAAAAUGUGCAAAAAAUUUAAUAAAAAAGCUACUAGACCGAGAUACCUCCAGACGUCCUAAAUUUGCUGAAAUAAAAUCUCAUGAAUUCUUAUCAGAGAUAGAUUGGGAGGCAUUCAAAAAUGGAAUUGUGCCAACUGUUUCUUGGGAAUUUUAA